UGAAUUUGUUAAGGAAUUGAUGGAUUAUUUAGAUUUUCUGUAUUCUGGUAAAGGGAAUAUCUCCCGUAUUUAUGAUGUAUGUAAGGCAUUCUACCGUGCUGAGAAAGAGGAUAAGUCUCUCAUGGCUUAUUUUAUGGAUUUUAAACGGGUAUAUGAGGAACUUAAUGUAUUGUUGCCUUUUAGUUCUGAUGUGAAAGUUCAGCAGACCCAACGGGAGCAACUGGCUGUUAUGAGUUUUCUUGCAGGCUUUCCUUCAGAGUAUGAGACUGCUAAAUCUCAGAUUCUAUCCAGUUCUGAGAUUUCCUCUUUGCAUGAAACGUUCACAAGGGUCCUUUGUACAGAGAGUACCCAAUCUUCACAGCCUGCCAGUAGUGCUCUUAUUAGCCGUAAUCCAAAUGGACAACAGGAUAAUAGAAAAGGAAGUAGAGGAGGAAUUACAGGCAACAGAAGUAAUCAGCGUAAUGGAGAGGCCAGUUCUAAUAAGGACUCAAGAGGAGUCAUUUGUUAUUAUUGCCAUGAGCCUAGCCAUACAAAAUAUAAUUGUCCGCAACUUCAGAGGAAAAAUCAGCGAUCACAGAUGGCAAAUAUGGCAGCAGAGAAUUCUACAGUAUCUUCCUCUGAGAAAACUAUUUUGGUAUCUGCAGAGGAUUUUGCACAAUUUUCCCAGUAUCAGGCAUCUCUAAAGCCUACCAGUUCCCCUGUCACUGCGAUCGCUGAGUCAGGAUCUUACGACGAAGCAGAUUAUUGGUAGAGGACGCGAGUCAGGUGGUCUCUACAUUCUGAAAAAUCAUGUACCGCGGUCGCUUGUUUGCUCCAGUACCUUAACACCUCUUGAAACUAAUUGUAGAUUGGGUCAUCCUUCUUUGUCUACCGUGAAGAAGCUGUGUCCUCAAUUUCAGUCUUUAUCAAUACUAGAAUGUGAGUUGUGUCAGUUUGCAAAACAUCAUCGUUUGCCUUCUGUGUCUAGAGUCAAUAAACGGGCUUCAUCACCUUUUGAGUUAGUUCAUUCUGAUGUUUGGGGUCCUUGUUCUGUUACUUCAAAAACUGGAUUUCGUUAUUUUGUUACUUUUGUUGAUGAUUACUCUCGUAUUACCUGGUUAUAUUUAAUGAAGAAUCGUUCUGAGUUGUUUUCUAUCUUUUGUGCCUUUUGUAAUGAAAUCAAAACUUAAUUUAAUAUUUCUGUGCGCAUAUUAAGAAGUGACAAUGCCAAAGAAUACUUUUCAGCACAAUUUCAGUCUUAUAUGACAUAAAAUGGCAUUCUUCAUCAGUCUUCUUGUGUGGAUACCCCAUCCCAAAAUGGCGUGGCCGAAAGAAAAAAUCGGCAUCUUCUUGAGGUAACUUGUGCUCUUCUUUUUCAGAUGAAAGUUCCUAAACACUUUUGGGCGGAUGCAGUUUCUAGGGCAUGUUUUUUGAUCAAUCGUAUGCCGUCUUCUAUCCUUAAUGGGGAUAUUCCUUAUACUGCUUUGUUUCUUACAAAAUCUUUGUUUCCUAUUGAACCCCGUAUUUUUGGUUGUAUCUCUUUUGUGCGUGAUAUUCGUCCACAGGUUACUAAAUUGGAUCCAAAAUCUCUCAAAUGUGUCUUCCUUGGGUACUCCCGGCUCCAAAAAGGGUACCGUUGUUUUUCUCCUACUCUUAAUCGUUAUCUUGUUUCUGCAGAUGUCACAUUUUUUUAGUCCACUCUAUUUUUUCCUCAAUCAUUUGUGUAUGAGAGUCAGGGGGAGGAGGAUGAUCUCUUAAUAUAUACUGUCCAACCAAUGUCUAGUCCUCUCCCACAGCCUGUUCCUUCUGUCUCUAGACCUACUCGACCUCCCGUUGUUCAUGUUUAUUCCAGGAGAUUGGAGAUUCCUGACUCAGAUCCUCCACCAGCUACUUCGUUGGGAGAUCCUGUACCUCAUACUGAUCAUGAUUCUGAUCUAGACUUACCAAUUGCUCUUCGUAAAGGUAAACGUUCAUGUACUUACCCUAUUUCUUCUUUUGUUUCUUAUAAUCAAUUGUCUUCUUGUU